AUGGCGGCGUUGAUGUCAGUCGUUGUGGCUGGCUUAGCCAUCUUUGGUGGCUACACAUACGGACCGGUCGUUAAGCGGACGGCCACGGUCGUCGGCGUGUCACGGACCAUCGAAAACACCGUCGUUCUGGGCGGAGAUUUCACGGUUAUUGGCGACACGACUCAUUGCGAGGAUAUCCAUCAUCACGAGGCGAGCGGGCUUCUCUUCACCGCAUGUGAGGAUGAUGCCGAGACUCGCAAGGUGUGGUUCCCGCCACUCGCGCAAUUCCAAGAUCCGGUCAAGGGAAGCAAGUCGAAGGGGUCUAUUCACGUCAUUGACCCUAAGGAUAUGACUACGAAGAGACUGAAGUUUGAGAACUUCGAUAGCACUUUCGUCACACACGGCAUCGAUGUUAUCACCGAUCCCGAGAAGGCAGACGCAGUUUACAUCUUUGCCGUCAACCACGUUCCUCACCCCGAGUUCAUUGCCGCCAAAGCGGGUGGUCAGGGAGACCAAAACGUCGCACAGAAAGCUCAAUCCCAGAUUGAAAUCUUCUACCACACUUUAGGCACCUCCACGAUCAAGCAUGUGCGAUCCGUGCAGCACCCGCUCAUCAGGACUCCCAACGACAUCUUCAUCAAAGACCCACACUCCUUCUACGUCACCAAUGACCACUUCUACCGCGAAGGAGCCCUGCGUCACGCCGAGGACCUCUGGCCUGGUGCGACUUGGACUGAUACCAUCCACGUUCGCGUUGAUGAGCUCUCCGCCUUGAAGCCUACUGAUGGGGUCGCUGCGGAUGUAGCCAUCGACCGAAUGCGCAACAACAACGGCUUGGGUCACUACAAGCCCGGACACAUUCUCAUCGACAACUGCGUCGAGGGCGUGAUGCAUAUUGGACAGUUGCCUUCGGAUCCCAAGAAUGCCACCAUUGGCAUCGUGGAUUCUAUCCCGUUCGACUCUCCCAUCGACAACCCAAGCUACUUCCAGGACCCGUAUCGCUCAGAGACCCAAGAUGCCAGCGGGUUCGUCGCCCCAGGCAUCAUCAAGGCGGUCGACUUCUUGAAGCAGGCCCAUGAUCCGACUGCGAGUAUCGGCUCGGUUGUCUGGUUUGCGAAGCCCAUAGCGAACUGUGGUGCGGCCGAUAAGGCCGAAUGCUGGGAGAAACGGUCACUGUUUCAAGAUGACGGAACCAGAAUUCGGUCGGCUGCUGCAGCAGUUCUUGUAGCCAUUGACCCGGCUAAGGAGGAUUCCAAGAGGAAGGCGUGGCUAUUCGUGACGGGAUUCUACUCGAGUAACGUGGUGGCGGUCAAGAUUGAUCUCUGA